GAACCCGAUGAGGUUUUCGAUGCUCGUUGGGAAGCAUUCUUUAAGAAUGAAAACUUAGAUAGAAAUACUUACCGCAGAGGUUUAGAUGAACUCUUUGGUUACGAUUUGGUUCCAGAGCCCAAAAUUUUAAAUGCUGCAUUUAGGUAUUGUAGACCUGCUCGACGUUUAAAUGACGUUGCUAUACCAGUUCGUAUCCUGGAGGUAGUUAAAGACAAAGCUGGUACCAACAAGGAAAUCUACCCAUAUAUAUUAGACCAGACAAGUGAAGUCAGAGCUGAAUUAGGCAUUAGUACACCAGAAGAGCUAGGAAUUGAUACUGCUUAA